AUGCCUUCAGGCCCCUACCUCCCAACCUCCGCGGCCUACCUCAAGGAAUCCUCCCUCCUCCUACAAGCAUACCCAGACUCAACGCGGAUAACAACAAAAUACACCUUCCCCAAGACCAACUCCAACAAAUCGCAACCUCAACAAACGUCAACACAAGAAAAGGCACCCCUCGCAACCCUCGUCCUAAAAACAUACAACCCCGAAGCCGGGAUAUGCCUGAAAUACCACACGAAUAAAGCCGCAGAGGUCGGACGGUUGAUUACGGCACUGGGAUUACUAGCUGGCGGGGCGGACCUUGCGACGUUGGAUUCGGGCGUUGCAAAUGUGACUGGGGCAGGCGGCGAUGUUGAGAUGGGUGGUGUUGAGGAGGGACUGACUGCGACUACGGGCACGGCUACGACAAAUGCAGGAGCUGGAGCUGGAGCGGGUGGGAAAGGCAAGUCGAAGAAGAAGGGGAAGGGCAAGAAAUGA